AUGUCCAAAAUCCCAUUUGCUCCUCCGAUCCACGCCGAUGAUGUGGAUACGAUGGCCGCGUUUGUCCAGGAUCUUACCGUGACACGCUUAUGGAUCUACGAAAUCAUUGAAAAAACACGGUUACGGACGGUCAUGGACAAGGUGCGUAACUGCAUGUGGGAUAUUUCGACGACCGACCAAAUGCUACUGAAAGAAUAUGAGAAACACCAAGGUGGAGAUUGGUGGUGGGAUCGCGAUCCACACUCGGAUCAUUGGGUCGAUGCGAAGAUACGGAGCAUGCGACCACGAAGUAUCACUCUGUGCGUUCUUUUGACGCGACUGCUGAUGAUGGCUUCCUUACUGCAAUGUUGCAUCGACCAUCUCACCUAUUUCAUGUACGGUAUUCCACCCCAGUUUCAAAAGGAGCUUGAGCUGGAACUUGAGCUCUCAUUGACGGAAACAUGGUAUACCCUACUUGGUGACGAUGUCUACCUCUUGGAAAAAGAUCGUGAAAAAUGGCAGCAGAAAAUGACUUUCCUUCUACGGUCUCUGUGCACGGAUGGCCAUUGUGGGGCGUCUUUUGCGACUACAACUUUUGAACCAUCAUAA